AUGACCCGGCAGAAUCUGAUCCCGGUGGAUCUCUCCCCUGCACCCGCUGAAGCAGCUGCAAGUGCUGGCGACCAAAAUGGCACCAACGGUAAGACGGAGGAAGACGCUUCCAAACUGCCCUCGGGACCCAGCCCCGUUUUGAUUCCCCUGUGGGACAUGGCCAACCACGUGAACGGCGUCAUUACGACCGGCUACAACGAACCGGAAGCAAGGGUCGAAAGCCUGACGCUGAAGGACUACCGCAAGGGCGAGCAAAUUUUCAUACACUACGGCCAGCGAACUAAUGCGGAUUUUUUGGUCCACAAUGGUUUUGUUUUCCCAGACAACGCGAACUCGGACAUCACGAUCCAGCUGAGUUUAUCAACGAACGAUGAACUGUAUGAAAUUCGCAAAGCCCUACUGGAAAAACUGAACCUCCCCUCGGCCAACGGAGAAUUUACGGUGUGCCGGAAACCGGAACCAAUAUCCCGGCAGCUGCUCGGCUUUGCCCGGGUUUUUAAUAUGACCAAAGAUCAGUUGGCCCACUGGACUGCCCUUGAGAAGGCCGAACUGGGCAAGCUUCUGCUGCCGGACGAAUCCCCGUUCGAUCAGGAGCUCAGGGAAAAGGUUUGGAAGUUCCUAACGAUACGGUUGCAGCUGGCGAUUCGCAUGACUGGAACUACUCUGGAACAGGACGAAGCGCUGCUGGCCGGGCAAAAUCAGAAAGGAUCCCAGAAAUUGAGUCACAUCCGGGCCAUGUUGGUUCAGUACCGUGUUGUGGAGAAGAAGAUUCUGCACGAAGUACUUGACUUUUGCCAGGAACAGCUCGCGGCUAAAGACAAAAAGGAGUAA